AUGAAUACAGAGGAAGAAUUAGGGCGGGAUAGGGGUUUUGAGUUUGAGGAGGAUGAUGAAGAAAACCAGGCGAUAAGGCAGCCUGACUUUCAUUCGUCGUCCUCAUCUUCUUCGUCUUCUUCUUCUUCUUCCUCUAAUGGUGAUAAUUCGCCACGUUCGUUCGAUACGAAUGAACGCUAUGAAGGACGUGAAGAUUCUAACCAGCCUUCAUGGCCUCAGAGCUACAGGGAAUCAAUUGAUCUUCUAAGCACCGUUACCUCUCCGGGCGCCGGCUUUCUCCCCGGAUCAAGCCUCCUUCAACUGGGCAGCUCAUUCUUCCGCAGCGGAAUACCCAUCAACGAUGACCAAUACCACCACCAUUAUCAACUACUCACUAAGCCCCUCAUCUCUCAUUCUAUCACAACCACCACCGACCCCUCUUCUAUCGCCACCCCUCCCUCAAAGCCCGCAUCGUUCUACUACCCCUCCGCUCUCCCCCCUCCUCCUCGCUGCUCCACCUCCCAAGCCAUAUUCAACGGGAUCAAUGUUCUCUGCGGCGUGGCAUUGCUCACGAUGCCUUAUGCUGUAAAGGAAGGGGGCUGGCUAGGGUUGGCGCUUCUGGUUCUUCUAGGGUUGAUUUCCUGCUACACUGGGAUUCUAUUGAAGAGAUGCCUUGAUAAUUCCCCGGCUUUGCUGACCUAUCCUGAUAUUGGUCAGGCGGCGUUCGGGUCGCCUGGCAGGCUUUGCAUCUCUAUAAUCCUAUACCUGGAGCUUUAUGCUUGUUGUGUAGAACACAUUAUUCUAGUGAGCGAUAGCUUGUCCUCAAUUUUUCCAAACACUGAAGUAAAUUUACUGGGGAUUAGCCUAACCUCCCACCAAACUUUUGCUGUCACCGCAGCAGCAGCUGUUCUUCCCACCGUCUGGCUCAGAGAUCUUAGUCUGCUCUCAUUCCUCUCAGUUGGAGGUGUGAUAGCCUCAAUUUUGGUCGUGUUGUGCUUAUUCUGGGACGGUGUAGCAGAUGGAGUGGGCUUUCAUGCAGAAGGGACUCUACUGAACCUCACAAACCUUCCAGUUUCUCUUGGGCUCUUCAGCUUCUGCUACUCAGGACAUUCUGUCUUCCCUAACAUCUAUUCUUCCAUGACAGACCCUGCUCAAUUCUCAAAAGUUCUGAUGGUUUGCUUCUUUUUAUGUACAGUAGUAUAUGCUGCUGUAGCAUCAGUUGGAUUUCUGAUGUUUGGAGAAUCCCUCAAGUCACAGUUUACGCUAAACAUGCCUCGUCGAUAUGUUUCUUCGAAGAUUGCAAUUUGGACGACGGUUGUGAAUCCACUCUCUAAGUAUGCUUUGACCAUGACCCCGGUUGCAGCGAGCCUUGAGGAGCUCUUGCCUUCAAAUCGAAAAUCCUUUUUGAUGGCUCUCGUGAUCAGAACACUGCUGGUCAUCUCCACAUUAUAUGUGGCGCUUGUGUUUCCAUUUUUUGGUUUUGUGAUGGCAUUGCUUGGAUCCUUUUUCACUAUGUUAGUGGCUCUUAUUUUUCCUUGUUUAUGCUAUCUGAGCAUUCAAAGAAAAUCUGUACCUAUUAUAGAGGUGGUGUUCUGCAUCUUUAUUAUUAUUUUUGGAGUCUUAUGUGCUGCUAUUGGAUCAUACUCCUCCAUUAAAAAAAUGGUGGACAGUUUGGGAUAAACAGAUUUUGCAGAAGUGGACUCUAUAGUGACAGUUCGUGAAGCAUUAUAAAUUUUGGGAGAAUCCAUUAUAAAUUUCUUAUAUGUGCAUCACCACUUAUUUUGUAUUGAGAUUUUUUUUUUUUUGGCAUAAAAUAUUAUUAAUAUAGUGUCAAAAUAGUCCUGACUAUUUUUCAUGGGUUCUUCUUAGUUCCAAAAUCUAUAAAAGUGUCAAAAUUAGUACCCAAAUUAAGAGACUCCGAAGACUAAAAUGAUGCUUUUAUAGACUAUGGGGCUACAAUGGCAACCUAUAAAGAGUCAGAGGACCAUUUUGAUACAUUUAUUAUUAUUAAUAGCAGAGUUAUGAAAUAGAUCUCAAUGUAGAAAUUAAUUAUGAAAAACAUUUUCUUGUAUCACUUCUAUACAUGGUUCCUUCUUGGAUUUCUUU